UACCACCAAAAAACGCGUCUUCAACCCAGUGAGCAUGUAGGGACUGUCUCGAGUGGUGGUAGGUAGGUAUCAGGUAUCUCGUUACCUGCACAACCAUUGAUCCCAUCCGUCAAUCCAUUCAUUCGCCAGCCAUCUCGGCUGGCGCUUGUCCCUUUCUCUCUCUCUCUCUGCAUUGUCUAUUCUUAUCAAUCUAUUGUCUAGAGUUACAUAGGUAGAUAGGGGAAUAGAUACUUGCACUUGUAAAGGUACCUGGGUAGACAAAGCUGUCUGUGUCCCCAGUCCAGUCCUCACGUCGCAGGUACCAACUGGCACCCCGCCGUAUCCUUCUCCGGCACUUUCCAAACGCGCCAGGCCAACAAAAGCCCAUUCACUCAUCACCCUGCUUCCCGUCACAGCCUGCUUUCACUACCUACCUUUUCUUCAUGUUCCAGCUGAACUACUCUUCAUACGUCGACUCUUUUGUUCCUGUGCCUGUUUCUGUCUCUGUCUCUGAAUCCUCUAUUGAUCUUAGCGCUGCAGUGCUCUUGUCCUUCCCUUAGUCUAGUUCUUGGGCAAGUUCCACCCCAAAAUCUGACUUGAGCUGACCAGUCCUUGGUCGAUUGCAACAACAACCUCGAACCCUUACCCUCAACCUCAACCUCAUCUUCAUCACUAUUACCUUAUCUACUCCUAGACAACACACUUGUCUCGUAUCUCACAUUUCACAUAUCAUACCUUGCAGCAUCUGCUGUCUGGGCUUAAGACAAAAUGUCUUACCGUAUUGAGAUCUCUCCCAAUAACCGCGCCGGCUGCCAGGACAAAGUAUGCAAAGAUUCCAAGCACAAAAUCACCAAAGGUGAGUUACGCUUUGGUGUCUGGUUUGUCGUGCCCACCAUUGAAAAGGGAUCUUGGAAAUGGCGUCAUUGGGGCUGCGUUUCGGGCAAAAGCAUUGAGAACCUUCAAAAUGCCAUCAAACAGGAUGAUGGCAGCUAUGAUUGGAACAUGCUGGAUGGCUAUGACGAGAUUGAAGAUUCCGAUCUCCAGGAGAAAAUUCAACGCGUCGUAACUCAAGGUCACAUUGAUCCUGAGGACUUCAAUGGCGAUCCUGAUUUUAAUGUACCUGGCAAAACAGCGAUUAGAGGUCGUGCCAAGAAGGCCAAAGCAGGUAGUGACGACGAGGCUGGUGAAGAUGCCACAACUCCCAAGAAAGCUGCCCCAAAGAAAACCGCUGGCGCCAAGCGCGGCCGCAAGAAGGCGCAAGAAGAGGACGAAGAAGAAGAAGCUGAGGAAGAGCCUGAGCCAGUGAAGAAGAAGGCUAAAUCUAGCCGUAAAGCCAAGAAAGUCGAGGAGGAAGAAGAGGAAGAAGUCAAACCAGUGAAGAAAGCCCGUGGCCGUAAGGCUAAGACGGACGACGCAGCGGAGAAGGAUAAUGACGAGGUAGCAAAACCUGUCAAGAAGGGAAAAGCCGGUCGCAACUCCACCAAACAACCUGUCAAGGAGGAGGAGGAGCAGGAGGAGGAGGAACCCGAGGAACCUGAGGAACCCGUCCCUGCGAAGAAAAGCAGAGGUAGAAAAGCUGCAAAGAAGGAACCAUCACCUCCCCCCGCCCCUGAGGAUGAUGAUGAGCCAGAUGACGAUGAGCCGAUCACCAAGGCGGUGGCAAAAGGCAAAGUCGGUCGUAAGGCGAAAGCUGCUGCUACUGCUCCCAAAGGUGGCAAGCGUCGCAGUACGAAGGCGUAAGUUCAAAGAGAGAGUGUGCGCAUAGCAUCUGGUUUUAACCUGCUACGCAGCAAAGCCGAUGGCGAGUAGUCGUGCUGAUUACUCACCCACUGGUAUUCGUUUUGUCGCUUUAUCGCUCAAACUGUCCCUUUUCCUAAUUUCCCUCUCAUAUUCGGACAGUCUGACAUUCUCUGUAUGAUCUCGGUGCGGAAGAGCCUGGAAUUUGUCUGACCAAUAAUGCUGAAGAUGGCGCAGUCUGCGAGCGAUGUUAUUCGGGACUGACCAAGUUGGCUGAUGAUAGUUUCGAGUUUACAGCACAUGUAACAUUAACUUUUCCUGAGACCUAAGUCUUGAGGAUAUCUUUAAUAACCUCACGGUGACGAGGAUCUCCUUGAAUGACUUAUUAAUUGUAACUAUAUUCGCUAUGUUUUACGGUAGAUGCGAUCAAGGGCCUUUGUAGGUAAAGUUCGUUCGUCGUGGGUACAUACUCGAUGUACCUACCUAAACAGC